AAUUUGCUGUUAAAUUUAACACUGGACAGGCUAAAGGUUAAACCAGUCUGAAGCCUGAACUCACACACUGGGUGCAUUACUUUAUCCUUCAUUACUUCACCUCAUUAUUAUUAAUUAUUACUUAGACAGACACAUUAUUCAUCAUCUAAUAAUAACUUAUGAACUCAUGAACGUCUGCGUUUCCUUAUACCAAAAUAUUAGAUGUUCUUUUGUCAAGUUAAUAAAAUCACGUAUUUAAUCAUUUAUUUUAUUCAUUUAAUCAUUAAACAUAAAGGGAGGGUAAUAAAGACAAUGCUUGUUGGUUGGAAUUCUAUCUUGUAAUUCUGUGGGGCUGCAGUGUCUUGAUAAUGGCAAUAAAAUGAUAACACUAACCAGGAAAUCCAAUCUAUUGUUCCUUGCGUUGCUUAAAAAUUCAAUUCAUAGACCAAGCUCUUGGGGGGGAAAUAAUUAAUUAAUUAAUUGUGUUAAAGUAUGUAAGGCUUUUUUUGAUUCAAUUGAGACAGGUGAGACCUGAAUCUGGGAACUGCCCCUCGUAGGCAGGGCUGGGUUUUUCCCUUUUAUAAGCACAGGUGCAGGUAAUUAGUUGAUCUCUUGUGUGAAUUUCUGGUUUGAGCUGUGCAAUUUGGCCUUUUUAACUUUUCUAUGACAGCUUGAUGUGGGUUGCAUAGUCUUCUAUUGCAGUGGAAAAAACAUUGUUUUAUGCCUGUGGAGAAACUUGUAGUAGACUCCGCCACCUCUUGCCGAUACUUAUUAGGGUGCCACCCUAACCUGGAGACAGAUUGCCAAGCUGCUGCUUUGCCGGGGUGAAUUUCUGGCUGCUGGGCCGAGGGCCUUAUAUGCCAGUGGCUAUUGUAAUUUGUUUUAAAACUGGUUUAACUUGACAGCGAAGAGUUGAGGACUAUUCUGAUGACAGUGAAGGUGCUGUGUGGAAACUGAUCCUUUUCUCGCCGCUUUUGCAUGUACUGCGUGAUUUUCUGUCAUAAUGGAAGAAACUGAAGACAGCAUUGCAGUGGUGGGAAUUGGAUGCAAUUUUCCAGGCGGAGAGGGGCUUGACAAUUUCUGGAAGGUUCUGGUGAAUGGGAGAAACUGCUCUGUGCCAAUUCCCAAAGAGAGAUUUGACUUAAGCAGCUGGUAUGACCCUGAUGACAACAAACCGGGUAAAUCCCGCACACCCAAGGCCGCUUUCAUUGACGGGUUUAAUGAAUUCGACCACAGGUUUUUCAGCAUCAGUGACAGUGAAGUGGAACAAAUGGAUCCUCAGCAAAAACAGCUCCUUCAGUGUGUCUACAGGGCUUUAGAAAAUGCUGGAAUUCCAAUGGAAAAAGCCAGUGGGACCAGAACAGGAGUGUUUUUUGGAAUAAUGAACAGAGAUUAUGAAACAAAUGCUGCACGUGUGCACCCAAGUGUAAUCAACCACUGGACUGGCACAGGGCUUGCCAUGAGUAUUGCAGCAAACAGAGUCUCCUAUGUCUUCAACUUCACCGGACCUUCACUGUCCUUAGACUCUGCCUGUUCUUCAUCCCUUGUGGCUCUUCAUCUUGCCUGUCAAUCAAUAAAACAAGGCGAUUGUGAAAUGGCUGUCUGUGGAGGGGUCAGCUGCAUAAUUGAGCCAAGACUGUUUGUUGCGCUCAGCAAAGCCAAAAUGAUCUCCCCUGAUGGAACCAGCAAACCUUUUUCCAGCAGAGCAGAUGGAUACGGCAGAGGGGAGGGAUGCGGAGUAGUUCUCCUAAAGCCACUGAAAAAGGCUCUUCAAGAUCAUGACCAUAUCUGGGGUAUAAUCAGCAAAACUGCUGUAAACCAAGAUGGCCGCUCUGUCACUCCAAUCACCAAACCAUCCAUGACACAACAAGAGGAGCUUCUCCGCAGAAUCUAUUCAGAAUCUGACCUUGCAAAUGUCCAGUACAUGGAGGCACAUGGGACUGGAACCCCAGCUGGAGACCCAACAGAGGCAAGAAGCAUUUCCAAUGUCAUUGCUAAAUCUAGAUCUCCAGGUUCAAAGACACUCUGGAUCGGCUCUGUAAAGAGCAAUAUUGGACACACAGAAUCUGCUGCUGGAGUCGCUGGACUCAUUAAGGUUCUCCUGAUGAUGAAGCAUGAGACCAUUGUUCCUUCGGUGUUCUACACUGAUAAGGCUUCCAGUGUAGAUACCACAGCACUGAACAUUAAAAUUCCUAAGGAACCAGAAAAAUGGGAAUGCUCUAGUGCAAGAGUUGCAGGAGUUAACAACUUUGGUUUUGGGGGAACAAAUGCACACGCCAUUGUCACACAGCACACCCAGCCAUAUUCUAAGCAAAGGCAUGAUAAUAAGCAAGUCAAGUAUUUUGUCAUAUCUGCAAAUUCUUCAAAAUCACUUACCAUGAUGAUGGAAAAUACCAUCAAUCAGCUACAGGCAGAAAACCGGUUUGAUCUAGAUUCUUUCCUCUACACGUCAGCUUGCAGAAGAACCCACCAAAAACAUAAAUACAGAAAAGCCAUCACAGUAUCUUCUGUAGUUAAUCUAAAAGAGAAGCUAAUUGCUGCUGUUGGCAAAAAUAUCAGUGUUGCCUUCUCAGAUCCAAGGUUAGUGUUUGUCUUCUGUGGAAAUGGUGUCACCUACCAUGGUAUGUGCAAGCAGCUACUAAAAACCGAGCCUAUAUUCAGAGAAAAGAUCAAAGAAAUUAAGGAACUUUUCCAAAAGCUGAGUCCUCUGGACAUCCUGGAUACUCUUGAGAGCGAAUUUGAGAGCAGCGACUUCAGAAACCCAGACGUUGUCCAACCCCUCCUCUUUGCUAUUCAGGUUGGGAUUGCUACCUUGCUCAGGCACUGGGGAGUCAAAGCUGAUGCAAUUCUAGGACACUCUGUUGGUGAAGUGGCAGCCGCUCACUGCUCUGGUCUCUUGUCUCUGGAGGAUGCAGUAAAAGUCAUAUAUUUCCGCAGCACUCUCCAGAGAAAAGUCACCGGGGGAAAGAUGCUCGUGAUCAGCAACAUGGCUGUAUCAGAGGUACCUUCACUGCUCCCUCCUUAUUCUGGUAAAAUUUGCCUUGCUGCAUAUAACAGCCCACAGUCCUGCACCCUUUCAGGUGAUGCAGACGCAAUUGAGUGCUUCCAUAAGGAGCUAAGCACCUCAGCCAAUAGUCAGAAUCUGUUCCUUCGUGUGCUGGAUGUCCCUGCUGCUUAUCACAGCCACAUGAUGGACCCAAUUCUACCAGAAAUUGUGGAAAGAAUUGGUCUCUUACAGGUGAAUGAUCUUGACACAGAGUUGUUCUCAACAGUGACAGGCAAGGAAGUCCAGCAGGGAGAUUUCUGCACAGGUGAAUACUGGGCUAGAAACAUUCGUGAGCCGGUUGCUUUUGAGCAGGCAGUACAGUCAGCAUCUAGAGGAAAGAAGCACACGGUUUUUGUUGAGAUAGGUCCAAGAAGGGCACUGCAGAGAAACAUUAUGGAAUCUCUGGGAAAUGACACAGCUGUCCUUGCCUCCGUGCAGCCAGAAAAAGAUCAUGAAUCAGUCAUGUCUGUUGUUUCUCAACUGUUUGAACUCGGUGUUCAAGUAGAUUGGAACACGUUCUAUAAAGGCUAUGAGACAAUACCUCUGCCUUUUCCUAAAUAUCAAUUUGACUGCUCAGACAAGGAUGUUAUCAUUGGGGCAGCACAGAAUAACACAGCCAGUAAUCAUCCUGUGUUGUGUCAGACAGGAAGUGAAAGCAACAUUUUCACUUGUGAUCUAAAGUCUGACUCUUCUUUCUACUUGAAAGAGCACAAGCACAAUGAUGUACCCAUCAUCCCUGGUGCUUUCUAUGCUGAGCUGGGUUUAGCUGCGUGCAUGGCCAGUGCUAAACCAAAAGUACCUCUCAGUUCACUGCAACUGAGUGUCAAUUUUCACAGUCCAUUUGUUUUAACACAGAAUCCACCUGAAAUGAAAGUGCAACUAGAACAAACAGAGAGGGAAACCAGAUUCACCGUUCUCUCCUCAUCUGUAGUUUAUGCAUCAGGCACUGUGGUUUCAAAGAAAGAGAAGCUGAUUGAGGAGCAGUGCAUUUCACUAAGCUCCAUCUACAAACGAUGCACAUCUGUAAUGAGCUUUCAGGAGUUUUAUGGGUAUCUCUCUCAAGGAGGUUUUCAGUAUGGAGACAUCUUCCAGAAUAAGAAGGAUGUGCACUAUGGAGAUGAUCUGAAAGAGGCUUUUGCAAAUGUCUCAGUUCCAGAAGAACUUCAGUCUCAUUUGCAUGACUACUGCAUUCAUCCUGUCUUGCUAGAUUAUCUGAUGCAGCUUCUCCCAAUUGCGGUAGAGCACGUCUUUGCUGGCAGGCCAGGAUUUCCUGCCAAAAUAGGAAGUCUUACAGUCUUUGAACCUUUGCAAAAUGAGAUGACUAUUUAUCUGAGAGCAACUGAUGUGGGCACUGAUCACUUUGGUGUUUGUGGGUGCUUUGCAGACAAGGAAGGCAGAGUGUUGGUUGAGGUCAAAAAUGUCGUAAUCAAGUACUUGGGCAGUCGUUCUCAUGUGGUAGAUGAGUACUUCUACCACAAUGCCUUCGAUGUUAUCCCAAAUGAUCACAUUCCUACUCCUCCUCCAAAGGCUCUGGUGUUCUGUGAUACUUUAGGGAUCGCUGAUGGUCUAAAGAAACAUUUGAACUCAGCAUCUACUUACAUUCCCAUCACAUACGCAAAGGACAUCUUGGGCAAUGGUUUCCCUUCUCUUUUGGCAAAUCUUAAAAUCAGAGAUAUUAGAGAAAACUUUGAUGAGGUCUUAUUUUUGUGGGGCAAAGAAGAUCUCACAUCACGGCCAGCUGACAUCAUCCUGCAGAAUCUGGCUGACUGCUGUGAGAUUUUCCGCCAAAUAGUUCUUGAGCUAAAGCGAAUUCACUUCCCAAAAUCAAUUAGAGCCAUAACUUUCCGUUCAUCUGACAUCACAGUAGACCACAUAAGUCCAGGUUUUGCUCUUGUUGGUAUGACACGAUCGUUCGCUGCAGAGAUACCAGAUCUUUCUUUUCAGCUGAUUGAUAUAAGCAGGAUCUCUGCUGAGGACAUUGCAGCUCUGUCUGAUGUCCUAAGGUCAUACCCAUGCAGCAAGCACCCAGAGUUGGUGGUAAAAGACGGACAAGUUUUGAAACCUUCCAUUGUGCGCACCCCACUAGAAAUCACUGACAAUAAAGUGGGCACUUAUACAUCUACAGUGUCUGAACCUUGUAUUUUUCUGACAGCUGAUGCUCAUGAAAUUACUCAACUGAGUGCCAUUCGCUCUGACGAGGAGGCUGAGCCGAUCAGUGAUACAUUCAUUGAAAUCCAGCCCAAUAAGAUAUGUGUUCACUCAUCCGACUAUUUCCCAGUCAGCACUUCAAAUCUAAAAUUCGGCAAAACACUCUAUUGGAACAAGCACUCAUCUCAGAAACACAAGCUGCUCGCUCUUGACUUCAGCGGUACUAUCACAGCAGUUGGAAAAGAUGUAAGGAAAUUCAAAGUGGGAGAACAUGUUGCUUCCUGUUAUCCUGUGGUGGCAGCAAGUAAGAUUAGAGUGCCACAGGAAGUGUGCUACAGCACCAAAAGGUUCCCAGUCCUCAAAAAAACACCCUGUGUUUCCUACUUUGUGCUAGCAUGGGAAAUCCUGCACCAAGCAUUGCUCAGAGCCAAGCAUAGUAUAACAAUCAUAUGCUCUGUGCCUGAUUCUGCACUAGUGAAAGUCUUGGCACUUAGCGCUUGCAAAUCAGGCUGGAAUGUGAAUGUUGAAACACAGUGCAAUGGGACUUCUGUGGGUGCAGUUGUCAUACUGCCUCCAUUUGAUGAAUCCCUAACUGCUAAAAUUUGCAACUUUCAAGGGUUACAACAUGUUGUAAUCGUUUGUCAAUCUCAGAAGCAGGAUCUAGUCGUUGAGGAAGUGUUCCAAAGGGCAAAGGAAGGUGUUCAUGUACAGGCAAUUCAGAUGCCAGUCAUUUUCCAAAAGGGAUUCCUGAGAACACACAGGCCAUACCUUUAUCACUGGCUGAAGUCCUUAAACUUUAAUGGGAAAUUGGCUCUUGAAAGCUUUACCUUUCAGAGUGCAAAAUCUGAACGAAAAAGCAUUGAUUCAGCAAAACCAGACUCAUAUUUCAGCUCCAAGAAAUUGGCUGUCGUAGCUCUAGAAAACGAUGUUGGCAGUACACUGUCUGAGAUUCCACUUCUCCCAACAAAAAAACGGCUUUUUCGAAAGAGGUCUGUGUAUGUAGUGGCAGGUGGUCUUUCUGGUCUGGGCUUUGAGACUGUUAAGUUCAUCUCACAAAGAGGUGGUGAGUACAUUGUCAUUCUCUCCAGAAGCAAGCCCACACCAGAAGUACAGCAAGAAAUCAACAAUGUGGAGAAACAGUGUCGAAACAGCAUCACCAGCAUAGAGUGUGACAUAUCUCUUUCUGAGAAUGUGCACAAAGUCAUCAGUGUCAUUGGAAAGAAGUUCCCUGGUCGUCCGAUCAGAGGUGUGUUUCACAGUGCAGUAGUCUUGCAUGAUGGGCUGAUUGAGACCCUUAACAGAUCUCUGUACGAGAAGGUGUUCAGGCCAAAAAUAAACGGUGUCCUGAAUUUGCACUAUGCAACAAAGCACUGUCCAUUGGAUUACUUUGUAUGUUACUCCUCCAUCUCCGCUUUCUUGGGAAAUCCAUCACAAACAAACUACGCAGCAGCCAAUACGUUUCUCGAUCUGUUCUGUCAAUACAGGCGCAAACUCAGCUUGCCUGCACAGUCUAUCAACUGGGGAGCUCUGAACCUUGGUCUGCUCUUGAACAAAGAUCAUUUCCAGCGUUUUCUGGAGGCAAAGGGAAUAAUGAUUUUAGAUGUGGCUGAGAUUUAUCAAAGCUUGGAGCAAUGCCUUGUGCUCAACCAACCCCAGCAAGCUGUUUGCAGGUUUCACUUCAGAAACAUCAGAUACAACAUCCUCUCACAAAAUAAAGCCUUGUCUAUGCGCCUUUCUGCAUUAGUCGAGGCAGCCUUUCAAAAAUCUAGAGAGACUUACUCUAAAACUAAACAAGCUGUCUAUGUCUCACCAAAGGACUAUGUUGUCUCUCUACUUAGUGAGACCAUUGGCAUGGAGCAGAGUGAGCUGAAAGAUGAUUUACCACUUUCAUCCUUAGGCAUUGACUCCAUGCAGGCUAUGACUCUGCAGAAUUUGAUCUUUCAGGGGAGAGGUGUGAAUGUGCCUUUGGUGAAACUAUUGGAUCCCAAUGCAACUAUUGCAACAAUGGCAGCUCUACUGAGUGAAGGAGCUGAAGGCGAAAGUGUCAAUGAGAACCCAGAGUCUCUACCAGAUGAAGCUGAAGUUUCUACCAGAUUGUAAAAAAAACUGAAAUAGAGAUAUUACUGUAUAAAUACAGUCAGCCAUCACAACCCUACAAUAAUGGAUUCAAUCUAUAUUUUGCAUUGAGAUUCAAUUAAAAAAGUAUUAAAAUGGCCAUUGUAAUAAAGGAAAAUUCAUAUAUUAAUGCAACUUGUUUACAGUACUUUGCAUCCUUUGUGGUAUUCUUUUUUUAGAUUUUGGUUAAUGUUUCUGUAAUGCAGUUUUUUAACAAAAUGACAUGUAUUUUACUAACUGGAAGUUUUCAAAGGAUAUUUUAUAUCACUGUUUUAAAUUGCCAAUAUGGUACAGAAAAACAACAUUGGAACUACACAUGUAACUCUUGAUAAAUGCUUUUACUCUUAAAUUAUGUAAAGUAAGUGUGUUAUCUUGUAUUAUUUUUUUGAAUUUAAAUAAAUGUUUUAUCUUUUA